AUGGUUUUUUGUGUUGGACUAUGUACGAAAAAGUACGAAUUUCCAUCUGAAAGUAAAAGUGAAUUCAUCUAUGCAUUAGCUUAUGUAGCAUGGAGCCCCUUAUACAAGAAUAAUGAAAGAUCUGCAAAAAUUUCUUAUAAUAUUUAUGGUAAUACUCCAAGUCGAACUGUUGCCUUUGAAUUCAAUGAAACUAUUUAUGAAAAACAAGACAAAAAACAAUAUCUUCACUUUCAAGUGUUAUUCUUCGAAGCUCAACCUAAUAUUAUUCAGUUCAUCUAUCUCGAUGUGUCUAGUAGUAGCAAAUCUGGUUCAAUUGGUGUACUAAGUAUGGAUGAACGACCAAUGCUUCGGUAUUCUCCUGAACAACCCUUUUUUAUGCUGCAAGAUGUGUCUAUCACAUUUGAUACCAAUAAUAAUACAUACACUGCCGUCCACUUUUGUGGAUCAAAAACAUGUACAUUGAAUGAAGCAUGUAUACAAGAGAUGUGUGUCGAACGAGGUAAUUUGAGUUUCGCUGCUCGAUGGUCUCAUCGAAAUGGUCGAGGUCAUCUUAUUAUUCGAACACCACUUAAUAAUACUAUUUAUUAUGGUAAACCUCGCACCAAUUCUUCUUUUGAUGAAGGUCGACAUGAAUUAGUGGAUGAUGGUAAUCAGGUUGACCAUAUUUAUUGGCCAUUGAAUAGUAUACCACCAAUAGGAUCUUACAAGGUUUGUUUUAGUACUGGUAGUCUGUUGAAUGGUACUGAUCAAUCAUCAAUUACAGUGACAAUAGAAAUACGACACAUUGGACAACCAAUUGAAACAAUGAUUCAUACUUUUAACAAAUCUACAACGACUUUGAAUGAAUGUUUAGAAAGAAGUGAUACAUUUAUCGGAUUAUAUUCAAUAGGUAUGUUUUCGCUGAAUGUAAAAUUUGUUACAAAUGAACACAUUAAUAUAGAAAUUUGA